AACUCCCAAACCCUCGCACUUUCGGUCCUGCCCCUUCCUCUCGGCUCUCCCUCCGGCGAAGCCACCAUGCUCGCCGCCUCUCCAUCCCUCCGCCGCCUCUCCUCUUCCUCCUCCGUCCGUUCCCUCCGUCGCGUCCUCCAGCACCCUUCAACACCCCCGCCCGCGGCUCCGCCUCCUCUCCCGCCGCUCCGGACCCUUACCCGCGCCCUCCUCCCGCACCUCGCCGCCGCCCACCGGUUCUCCACCGCAUCCUUCUCUUCCUCCGCCCCUUCCCGCCUAGGCGAAUGCGGCGGCGCGCGGGGAGCCCCGGAGAUUCCCGAGGAGGUGGAGGUGGAGGAUGAGGCGGGGGCGCUGGUGCGGCAUGACACGGACGCGUACGCUGCGGUGGAGCUGGCUCUGGACUCGGUGGUGAAGGUAUUCACGGUGUCCAGCAGUCCCAACUACUUCUUGCCGUGGCAGAACAAGGCGCAGCGGGAAAGCAUGGGCUCCGGAUUUGUAAUUCCUGGAAGAAGGAUCGUGACGAAUGCUCAUGUUGUUGCUGAUCAUACUUUUGUUCUUGUGAGGAAGCAUGGUUCGCCUACUAAAUACAAGGCAGAGGUCCUGGCUAUUGGUCAUGAAUGUGACUUGGCUCUGUUGACUGUUGAGAGCGAGGAGUUUUGGGAUGGGGUGAACAGUUUGGAGCUUGGAGACAUUCCCUUUUUGCAAGAAGCCGUUGCGGUGGUUGGCUACCCUCAAGGUGGAGAUAAUAUUUCUGUCACCAAGGGGGUUGUCUCUAGAGUUGAACCAACACAAUAUGCCCAUGGUGCUACACAACUUAUGGCUAUACAAAUAGAUGCGGCAAUCAAUCCAGGAAACAGUGGAGGGCCUGCAAUUAUGGGUGAUAAAGUAGCCGGAGUUGCUUUCCAGAAUUUGUCAGGGGCAGAAAACAUUGGUUAUAUCAUACCAGUGCCUGUGAUUAAACGUUUCAUUUCUGGAGUAGAAGAGAGUGGUAAAUAUUCUGGGUUUUGUACUCUCGGAGUAUCUUGCCAGGCUACCGAAAAUAUUCAAUUAAGAGAGUGCUUUGGGAUGCAGCCUGACAUGACUGGAGUUUUAGUUAGUAGAAUAAAUCCUCUUUCUGAUGCUUACAAGAUUUUGAAGAAAGAUGAUAUCCUUCUUGAGUUUGAUGGUGUACCUAUAGCAAAUGAUGGGACAGUUCCAUUCCGGAAUAGAGAGAGGAUAACCUUUGAUCAUCUGGUGUCCAUGAAGAAGCCUGGAGAAACUGCUGUUCUCAAAGUAUUAAGAGAUGGCAAAGAGCAAGAAUUGAGCGUCAUACUUAGGCCUUUGCAGCCUUUAGUUCCAGUCCAUCAAUUCGAUAAACUACCAAGCUACUACAUAUUUGCUGGUUUUGUAUUUAUCCCUCUUACCCAGCCUUAUCUCCAUGAAUUUGGAGAAGACUGGUAUAAUGCCUCACCACGCCGAUUAUGUGAACGGGCACUAAGAGAACUUCCCAAGAAGGCUGGUGAACAGCUAGUUAUCUUAUCUCAGGUUCUCAUGGAUGAUAUCAAUGUCGGUUACGAAAGGCUUGCUGAACUGCAGGUAAAGAAGGUUAAUGGUGUGGAGGUUGAAAACCUGAAGCACUUGUGCAGCCUUGUGGAAGGCUGCACUGAAGAAAACUUGAGAUUCGAUUUGGAUGAUGAAAGAGUCAUCAUCCUGAAGUACCAGAAUGCAAGGCUCGCCACAUCCCGAGUCCUCAAGCGGCAUAGGAUACCGUCGGCCAUGUCCAGCGACCUUGUCGAAGAGCAAGCGACUAAUGGUGAGGUUGAGGCAUCAUGCACCAGCUAAUGCGGGGAUCUUUUGUAGACCUAAUUGGGGAGUUCCCUGCUGAAGCACAGUUCCGAGGAGCUCACUUUUCCUGGAGUUGCACCAUGGCUUCGGUUGCUCCUUGCUGGGCCGCUUCAGUUUUGACAAAAGGAGGGUCAUCAGAGAAUAAGAUUAUGAGCGCUGGAGCUUUUCACCCUGAUAUGUAAAAUUAACGUAACCAUUCUUUUCCAAAGCAUUCAUUUUUGCCAAGGAGCGUUGGUGUAGCGGCCCCAAUGUUGAGUUCAGAUCAUGUAUCGUGUGUAUCAUGAGGAAGCACAGCACAGAAAAAGAAAAUGAGUUGUAGUUCAGUGUUUCUUUGCAAA